UAUCUUAUCUAUAUGUAUACAUGUGAUUGUGUGUUUCAUCAUUCCAGUUGCCAAAGUACAAUCAGUCUCCUCCUCCAUUUGAUUGCUCUUUUCUCUUUGCAAUAUUCUUUCAACCAUGACAGAUCCUUGCUCCAAUCUCUUCACCAGAGGAGACUUCAACUUCGUACCUCUAAAUCCCCACUACAGUACUUGUUUCGGUACCAACAAAUCCUCCAUUAUCGAAGCUCAGAGCACACCUCCUCGCAAACAAGCCCUUCCUCUCAUCAAUUAUCUAAGCGGUGAGACUGAACCUUCAAGCAGUUCCAUGGAAGGUGGUGAUAAGAGCCUCUUGUAUUCCAACGAUGAAGCCGAUACUGUAACCCUAAACAUAGGGCUACCUACCCCUAUCUCCGAUAUGAGAGUUGGGGUUUCCCUUUCUACUCAUGUGAAGGGACAGUACUGGAUUCCUACCCUUACUCAGAUUCUCGUUGGUCCUACACAGUUCUCAUGUCAUGUCUGCUGCAAGACCUUUAACAGAUAUAACAAUCUGCAGAUGCAUAUGUGGGGGCAUGGAUCACAGUACAGAAAGGGGCCAGACUCCCUAAGAGGAAGCCAGCCGACAGCCAUGCUGAGGCUCCCAUGCUACUGCUGUGCACCGGGGUGUAACCACAACAUCGACCACCCGAGAUCAAGGCCGCUCAAGGAUUUCAGGACCCUCCAAACGCACUACAAACGCAAACACGGCGUGAAGCCCUUCGCCUGCAGGAAAUGCGACAAGGCGUUCGCGGUGAAAGGGGACUGGAGAACGCACGAGAAGAACUGUGGGAAGAUUUGGUAUUGUUUCUGUGGGUCGGACUUCAAGCACAAGAGGUCUUUGAAAGACCAUAUCAAGGCCUUUGGCCCCGGCCACGGGGCGGUCAGCAUCGAUUCUUUGGAUGAAGAUGAUGAACCAGGGUCCGAAUUUGAGCUUGAAUGUGAGUCCUCAUUCUAGCCAGUACUUGACUUUCCUUUUCUUGGUUAGAUUAAAUGGCCCACAGCAAGUUGCUUGUUCAUGUAUAUACAUACAGUCUUUUGCUGGACCAGGAUUUGUUCAUGUCCUUUGGUUUGACUAAUUAGUAUGCAGCACAUUUAAUGUUCUCUCGUUGGAGUGGAAAAUAAGAGUGUAUUCGAUUUA